AUGAAAAUCAAAGCUCUCAGUCGGCCGGUCGCAUCUGCGCAAGCUCCCGGGUCUGAUGUCGCAAGACAACCCCGCAACCUCGAUCCAGCGCUUCAUCCUUUCGAAAGAGCGAGAGAAUAUACUAGAGCACUCAAUGCCACGAAAAUUGAGCGCAUGUUUGCUGCGCCGUUUAUAGCGCAGCUUGGAAAGGGUCAUGUCGACGGAGUUUAUACUUUAGCGAAAGAUCCAAAUUCUUUACAGAGAUUUGCCAGUGGAAGUGGUGAUGGAAUUGUGAAAGUCUGGGAUUUGACUACUCGAGAGGAGAUAUGGAAUACCAGCGCACACGAAAACAUUGUGAAGGGGAUGUGUUGGACAAGAGACAAGAGGCUUUUAACAUGUGCGAGCGAUCGCUCAAUUAAGCUAUGGGAACCAUACAACUCGACCGCUGGCGCGCCACCGACUGCUACAUGGCUAGGAGAAAACGCUUUCACAAGCUUGUCGCAUCAUCGAUCGAAGAACGCUUUUGCAGCAUCAUCCGGAGUUAUUUCAAUAUACGACUUGGAGAAGAGCUCGGCACCCCCAGAUGUUAUAAAAUGGCCCAAUGCUACAGAUACGAUCACUUCUGUCUCUUUCAAUCAGACUGAAACUUCUAUAUUGGCUUCGACUGCGACAGACAGAUCAAUUGUGCUUUAUGAUUUACGAACAUCCAUGCCUUUGGCCAAGACUGUAUUAAAUUUUGCUUCGAACUCGAUCUCUUGGAAUCCAAUGGAGGCCUUCAAUUUUGCUGUGGCCAAUGAAGACCACAACAUUUAUAUUUUCGAUAUGAGAAAGAUGAAUAGAGCGUUGAACGUAUUAAAAGACCAUGUUGCAGCGGUUAUGGAUGUAGAAUUCAGUCCCACCGGAGAAGAACUUGUCAGUGCAUCGUAUGACCGUACUGUAAGACUGUGGAGCCGAAUGAAAGGGCACUCGCGGGAUAUCUAUCACACGAAGCGAAUGCAGAGGGUCUUCUCCGCCAAAUGGACACCAGAUAACAAGUACAUUCUUUCCGGAUCAGACGAUGGAAACAUUCGAUUAUGGAGAGCUCAAGCUUCGAAAAGAGAGGGCAUCAAGUCAGCCAAGCAGCGACAAUCCCUAGAGUACAAUGAAGCGCUGUCGGAACGAUACGCUCAUAUGCCUGAAAUCAGGCGGAUCAAGCGACACCGACAUAUUCCAAAGGUGGUCAAGAAGGCCGGCGAAAUUAAGAAUGAAGAACUCAAGGCGAUUAAGAGAAAGGAAGAGAACGAAAGGAAACAUACCAAGGCCCAAUUCAAGAAGCGAAGGAAUGAGAGGGAGAAGAUGGUUUUGGCGGCUGAAAAAUAG